CUUCAGGUCUGAUUAGGGGUAACACUACAAAGUUUUGCUUAUAAGUCCCUAUAUUUACUAGAAAUCAAACAAAAACCCGGCAUUACAAAAAUAUGAAAUGAACGCAAUCCUCGCCCGCCCCUCACUGAACUCCACUCUACUCCUCCGCCUACCCCAAAACAACCACCACCACUUCCUCCGCCUGACGCCCUCUCUUUCUUUCUUUCUCUCAUAAUUUCUUAAGGGGCUUUUUAUCGAACACUUUGUGGGCAAUAUAGAAGAGAUUGUGAGAAAGGUGAAUCGAUCGAGCGGAGAAAAUGCGGUUCCUUCUCAUUCUGUUUGUCAUCCUUCACUUACAUUUCCGCCACUGCGCUGUCGCCGGAAAAGGGUGGCGGAUACCGGAGUACCGUGCUUUGCUGGCCGUGAAGGCGGCGUUUGCCGACGAGUCUCAGUCCGCACUGGCCUCAUGGAAUGUCUCCACCUCUCACUGCACGUGGCUAGGCGUCACGUGCGACUCUUCCCGUCGCGUGACAGCUCUUGAUAUCUCCGGUCUUAACCUCUCCGGCGUCCUAUCUCCUGACGUCGGCCAUCUCCGCUUUCUUCGCAACCUCUCCGCAGCUGCUAACCAACUUUCCGGCCCCAUUCCUCCGGGAAUCUCGGUCAUUUCUACCCUCCGUUACCUCAACCUCUCCAACAAUAUCUUCAACGAGACAUUCCCUCCGCAGCUCGCCCGCCUGCGGAACCUCCAGGUUCUCGACCUCUACAAUAACAAUAUGACCGGUGACCUGCCGGUUGAAGUCUACCAAUUGCAGAACCUCCGGCACCUCCAUCUCGGAGGCAACUACUUCGGUGGUGCCAUUCCGCGGGAGUAUGGAAGGUUCCAGAAUCUGGAGUAUCUGGCGGUUUCUGGCAACGAGCUCGUCGGUGUGAUACCGCCGGAGAUCGGAAACCUCACUAAGCUUCAACAGCUCUAUAUUGGCUACUACAACUCCUUCUCCGGUGGAAUACCGCCGGAAAUGGGGAACUUGUCUCAUCUCAUUCGCCUCGAUGCCGCUAACUGUGGACUCGACGGCGAGAUUCCCCCAGAAAUAGGGAAGUUGCAGAACCUGGACACUCUGUUCCUGCAAGUGAACGGUCUUACCGGGUCGUUAACUGCGGAACUAGGGUUUCUGAAGAGCUUGAAGUCCAUGGAUCUGUCGAAUAACAUGUUCUCCGGCGAAAUACCGUCCACAUUCGCGGAGCUUAAGAAUCUCACACUUCUAAACCUCUUCCGGAACAAACUUCACGGAUCAAUACCGGACUUUAUCGGCGAUUUGCCGCAGCUGGAGGUGCUGCAGCUAUGGGAAAACAACUUCACCGGUAGCAUUCCACAGGAAUUGGGGAAAAAUGGUAAGCUUCAGCUUCUGGAUCUCAGUUCCAACAAAUUGACCGGAAAUUUGCCCCCAAAUUUGUGCACUGGAAACAACCUGCAGACCCUAAUAACUCUCGGUAACUUUUUAUUUGGUCCGAUUCCGGAAUCUCUUGGCCAGUGUCGGUCACUUAAUCGAAUCAGGAUGGGGGAGAACUAUCUAAAUGGUUCCAUUCCUAAAGGGCUUCUGAGCUUGCCGGAGCUCUCACAAGUUGAACUCCAGGACAAUCUCCUCACCGGCACUUUUCCAGAGACUCAUUCGGUCUCUUCCAGUCUUGGACAGAUCAGCCUUUCAAACAAUCAUUUGGCUGGGCCAUUGCCUCCGAGCAUUGGAAAUUUUGCAGGUGUGCAGAAGCUGCUUCUAGAUGGAAAUAAAUUUUCCGGCCACAUUCCUGCAGAAAUCGGGAAAUUGCAGCAGUUAUCAAAGAUGGAUCUCAGCCACAACGAUUUGUCCGGUGCCAUUGCGCCAGAGAUAAGUCAGUGCAAGCUGCUGACAUUUGUUGAUCUCAGCCGGAAUCAACUUUCUGGUGAAAUUCCUACUGAGAUUACAGGAAUGAGGAUAUUAAACUACUUGAAUCUGUCUAGGAAUCACUUAGUUGGGAGCAUUCCGGCACCAAUUGCCUCUAUGCAGAGUUUAACUUCAGUGGACUUUUCAUAUAACAAUCUGUCUGGAUUGGUUCCGGGGACUGGCCAGUUCAGUUAUUUCAAUUACACUUCAUUUUUGGGCAACCCUGAUCUCUGUGGCCCUUAUUUGGGACCUUGCAAAGAUGGUAUUGUUGAUGGGUCUCAUCAGCCUCGUGCAAAAGGGGGAUUCUCAUCUUCUUUGAAGCUCUUGCUUGUUAUCGGGUUGCUUGUCUGCUCAAUUGUGUUUGCUGUUGCAGCAAUUAUAAAGGCCCGCUCAUUAAAGAAGGCUAGCGAGGCUCGUGCAUGGAAGCUUACUGCAUUUCAGCGCCUAGAUUUCACUUGUGAUGAUGUUCUUGAUUGCUUGAAGGAGGACAACAUUAUUGGAAAAGGAGGUGCAGGUAUAGUUUACAAGGGAGCGAUGCCUAAUGGGGAACAAGUUGCUGUGAAAAGGUUGCCAGCCAUGAGCCGUGGAUCUUCACAUGAUCAUGGGUUUAAUGCAGAAAUACAGACUCUUGGGAGGAUCCGGCACAGGCAUAUUGUCAGAUUAUUAGGCUUUUGCUCAAACCAUGAAACAAAUCUUUUGGUUUACGAGUAUAUGCCCAAUGGGAGCUUGGGUGAAAUGCUUCACGGAAAGAAAGGCGGUCAUUUACAUUGGGAUACAAGGUAUAAGAUAGCUGUGGAGGCUGCAAAGGGCCUUUGCUACCUGCAUCACGAUUGUUCACCUUUGAUCCUCCACCGUGAUGUGAAAUCCAACAACAUUCUUCUGGACUCGAACUAUGAAGCUCAUGUUGCUGAUUUCGGACUUGCCAAGUUCUUGCAGGAUUCUGGAACAUCAGAAUGCAUGUCUGCUAUUGCAGGUUCUUAUGGAUACAUAGCACCAGAGUAUGCGUAUACACUGAAGGUUGAUGAGAAGAGCGAUGUUUACAGCUUCGGGGUGGUGCUGCUAGAACUGAUAAGCGGAAAGAAGCCAGUUGGGGAGUUUGGUGAUGGUGUCGACAUAGUCCAAUGGGUACGAAAAAUCACAGAUGGGAAAAAGGAAGCAGUGCUGAAGAUCCUCGAUCCAAGGCUCUCGACUGUCCCCCUUCACGAGGCAAUGCACGUGUUCUAUGUAGCAAUGCUGUGCGUGGAAGAACAGGCGGUGGAGCGCCCAAAGAUGCGCGAGGUCGUGCAAAUGCUAACGGAGUUGCCCAAACCACCAAACAACAAACAGGAUGACUCAACAGUGACAGAGUCCCCUCCACCAUCAGCCUCUGUAGUGGAGUCCCCCAGCACAACUUCAAGGGACCUGAAAGACCAAAUGCAGUCACCACCACCUGAUCUUCUCAGCAUCUAAAAUCCUGGAUUUAGAGUAUGGAACCCUAUGUUCACUUAUUCUCUAGUUACCCUAUCAGUUUGCUGCUUCUAUUUUUAUUUUUGUUUUCCUUUUUUAUUAGUAGUUGUUAUUGGGGGAAGGGAAGGGGGUUUGCUUAACUAUCUAACUUCAAGGUGUUCGCUGUUCCAAGCUUUGGUUUUUGUGUAAUAUGUACAGUUGGAUUGGAGUUGUAGUAAAAGUGGUAGUAGUAAAAAUCUCCUGUUUUUCUGGUCAUUAA